AUGGGCAUCAAGACAUUCUUCAGCAACUGUUUCAACCCCAAGGACAAGGAGGGGCGUCCUCUGGGAGACGCGAGCAACGCCACUUACCAGAAUGUCGGGGCGAGCUAUGGGACGGCGGGAGGCGCCGGGCUGGGCGUGCUCCAGCCCGAUGGCGUGGUGGAGGACCGUCCUGUGAUCCGUGAGGUGACGUACACCUAUGUUGAGCACCGGCCCGUGGAGAAGGAGAUCCUGACUGAAACGCGUACGACUGGCAGGGAGCGGGAGGCUGUGGAGAAGCGGUAUGCGGAGCAUCUGGGGGAGGAGGAACAUAUUGUGAAGUCAGCCUUCACCACCACCAGCGAUGUGGCUCCUGUCGGCGCCGGAACUGAAACCACUCGGAAGUCUCACUAA